AUGUCUUCCGUCUGUUGUCUUCAGCCUGAGCAGAAACAGAUGGCAACUCAGCAGGAAUGCAUCAAGGAAGAAGGGCUGCCAAAAAGCCCUGUGACAGUCGUGAUGCUGAAAGCAACGAAGCCACUUGAAUUUGAGGCCCCAGAAGAGAAGCAAGAGGUGUUUCAUGCUACAGUGGCUACUGGGAGUGAAUUCUUUUUUUGUAAAGGUUUUCAAAAAAGCUAAAGGAAAAAAAAGGUAAAAAAUAAAUUCACUCCAAAGAAAAUAAUUAUAAUAUCAAAAUAUUAUUGGCACAUGUUCCUGGAUGUGAAGAGUGCCUCCCUUGUGUGUGAUACUGAAUCUGACCACCAGAUCAGUGUUGUCCCAAAGCACAUUAUCAGAAAAGCUGGUGGAACCUCAAAGUUCAGCAAGCUUCGGACUCGGCCUCUUGGAGCAGUUGUGAAUGAGCUAUUUGUAGUCCAGAAGAAAACAAAACAGAGGAAUCAUAUAUAAUUUGACCUAAAUGACAAGACAAGGAGGAUGAAAGUACUGGUGCUUGGAAAAGAGAACAGAAUCCAGGCUGAGGAAGGGGAUAAACUUGGCUUAACAUUCUUCGAAUUGUCAAAAACUGGAAGCAAACUACAGCUGAAACUUGGAGUUCAUAGUUUUCAUUAAUGUGGGAGGAAAGUCAACUCUCCAAAGGGAUAAUAUUUUGUGUUUGCUGUCAGCAAACUGGACGGGUGCCACUGAACAGGAUGUGGUGUGGAAGACCCUGGUAUUCAGUACACUGACAUCUCUCCGAACUUAGGGACCUUCCUUUUAGGAAGUACACAUCCCAGGUGCCCAAUUAAGAGGACAUCGACUUCAUAUGGCAGAAACAGGCUGCAGUUCCCACACAGCCCCACAGCAGUUCACUGGUAAACUGUAAGUCUAAUGCAGACGAUUUGCCCAAAGCUGGACAAAUUAUUCUGAAAGAUGGAUAUAAAAGUAGACACAGACCAGGUAUACCUUGAGGACACAUUCCUCAAAGUCAACUCAGCCAUCCUUGCACCUACCAUAAUCUGGGGAAACUGAGUCAGGAUAAACCCCUACUCCUGUCCUUUCUUCUCUCCCUCAUUAGAAUGCAUCCUCCAUGGACAGA